AAUGGGUGACGUAACAGCUUGGAUCUAUGCAGCACCUCUUGUCUCAAAAGAGUCCUUCGUACCUGAAAAUUUGCAAACACCUUUUCCUUUGCAAAUCUUUGUCUGUUCUUGAAUUAGCCUAAUGCGUAUGUGUCUUGCAUAGAUUCACAGAUUGUAAGGCUGGAAGGGACCUCGGAAGAUCAUCAGGUCCAGUCCCCUGCACCAUGUUCUUAUUUUGAAAGUGAUCGCUCCAUCUGAGGUUGUUAGGUAUACUUCUGGACUCUAAUAAUCAGUUUAAGUAUGGCUACUAUUCCCCAAAACAACCUCCAGAAGCAGUUAGAGCUUCAUUCAGCAAAAGGGGCUUGCAGUAAACUAAGUCUUCCAAAACACAAACCAGCUGGUUUCACUUUCAAAAAGAGAACUCUCGGUAAUGCUGUAUCUGUCAGCUUUUCCAGUGCAACGAAUGUUUCUGCAUUAAAAGAGAAGGAUGUCAAUACUUCCUUGAAUAAACCUAUUGCAUCUCUUCCUGCAUCCAAGGAUAAACAGAUAAAAACCAAUGCUUUUUUUGUGCAAGCAUCCAAGCAACAGGAAAUACAACAACUUUGUGAAGACCAAGUAUCAACAACUUCACUAGGAUGUCUUCAACAAAUUUCAAAUGAUUUGCCAGCUCCAGCAAAGAAGAAUGUAAGCAAUGAGCCCUGUGACACACCCUCUCAGAAAGUAGACUACAACUGUUCAGCUGAUUCUGUUAUUACCAUAGAAGAUGAUUGGGAUGAUAUAGAUGAUUUUGACUUAUCUGCAAAGCAAAAGAACUACUCAAAACCAUUGGUUUUAUCUCCCAAGAGUCAGAUUGUAAAAACUAGCAAGACUCUACAAAUAUCAAAUUUCCCUACAAAUACAUUAUCUAGAGCAUCUAGGACUGUAAGCAGUGAGCAGAGGCUUUCAAAACCUUGUCCUUCUGAAAAUAGUGUAAAACUACGGAGUGACAAACUGCCAGAUUUAUCAAAAAGCUCACUGAUCUACAUUGAUUUGCUUCCUGAUGAUUCGAUUCCCAAUAACCAUAAAAAUACUUUAUGUGAAGAUCUUCAAGAGGAGUUGUCCACAGAAACUAUUCUGGAUGACGAAAAGGAAGACACUUGUACAGCUGAUGGAAAAAAACAGAAUAAUGGCAAAGUAUCUCUAGGUGAGGAUGAGGAGGACAGCCAGUCACUGAAAGAACUAGAUAAAGGAUGGGUUGAGAUGCUUGCAACCCCUGGGAUUGAUGAGGAUGAUGACUAUCUAGAUAUCAUUCCACCCUCCCCAGAAGAAGUGUCUUGCAUCUCAGCUUCUAGAAAAAACAAUAGUUUUCUCAAAGAAUCCACUGUUGAAGGAAAACCAGCAGUUAAUACCACUCUGUCAGAACCUGAGAAAACCACCUCAAAACAGCCCAGCAAUGGAACCAGUACAGACAAUGCAGAUAAAUGCUUACCUUGGGAACAGCAGCUCUAUAACGUGAUGAAAAAUAUCUGUAAUCUGGUGGAUGCCGUUCCAAUACAUGAACUUAAGUCUUUAUCCUGUGGGAAUGAUCUUCUUUGGCAGAGAGAUUGCAGGAGAAAAUUGUUAACUAAUUGCACAGAUGCAAACAAAAGUGGUGCAGAUAUCCUCCUUGCCUCAAACUGGAAACCCUGUCCUGGACAUGAUAAAUGCAUGAGUGAUGACGUUCUCCUUCCGUUAGGUCAAAAAAACAUUUUGAGCCCUCAGGGAAAUUCUUUCAAAUUUACAAAAUUUUCCUCUCCACCGUCUGGUGCGGUUAAUAAAAGUUUCCUCUGUACAGCAAAAUUUCACACUCUAGAUACCUUGGAUACAUCAGAAACUUUGCAGCAUAUUGCACCAAACACCAACAUCAGAGAAAACGCAGGAUUUUGUUUUUCUAAGAUAGAUAGCAAAGAGAGAACAUCACUCAGCUUUGACACUGAGAUGUCACCUCCCAACCGUAGCUGGUGUGAAAAACCAGGGAUGGAAAAGACUGCAAGCUGGUAUUUAUCCAAGGUGCCUGUCACAAGCACUGCUUUGAAAGUGCAAAAUCAUUUUUCUGCUGGCACUAAUGGAAGAGCAGGGGACCAUGCAGAAGCAACAAAGGACAUAGACUUUGAACUUGAUAAUUUUGAUAUUGAUGAUUUUGAUGAGGACUGGGAUAACCCUCUAAAUGAUUCAGUCCCUGACCAGCCAUUAUACCAUCCCAUCAGAGAAGGUCAGCCUGCUAAAUCGUUGUCAAAGCCAUCUUUUACAGCCAAGGGAAUUAACCAUGGAUCUAAUCCUGCUGUUUCCAAACCAAACUCUUUCAUGUCAUCCAGAAACUGUUCAGACCCAUUGCUCAGAAAUCCAGCACUGGAUCGGUUCAGAGGUUUCACAUUUUCCCAUUCCGAAGAAAUGUUGAAUGUGUUUCACAAAAAGUUUGGUUUGCAUAGUUUUCGGACAAAUCAGCUGGAGGCCAUCAAUGCUGCUUUGCUGGGUGAAGACUGUUUUAUUUUAAUGCCCACUGGUGGUGGUAAAAGUCUGUGCUAUCAGCUACCAGCUUGCGUGUCUCCUGGAGUCACUAUUGUAAUUUCUCCACUGAGGUCACUAAUAGUAGAUCAAGUCCAGAAGCUAAAUACAUUGGAUAUUUCUGCUACAUAUCUGACUGGUGAUAGGACUGAUGGUGAUGCUUCAAAAAUUUAUAUGCAGCUGUCAAAAAAGGAUCCUGUAAUAAAACUUCUCUAUGUUACUCCAGAGAAGGUGUGUGCAAGUGGCAGACUGAUCUCAGCCCUGGAAAAUUUGUAUGAGAGGAGAUUACUGGCACGUUUUAUUAUUGAUGAAGCACACUGUGUUAGUCAGUGGGGUCACGAUUUUCGACCAGACUAUAAACGACUGAAUAUGCUCCGCAAGAAAUUUCACUCUGUUCCUAUGAUGGCUCUUACUGCCACUGCCAAUCCCAGGGUACAGAAGGAUAUCCAAAACCAACUGGAGAUGCUGCAACCACAGGUGUUUACUAUGAGUUUCAACAGGCAUAACUUGAAAUAUGAUGUAUUGCCCAAAAAGCCAAAAAGUGUGGCAAAGGAUUGCUUAGAUUGGAUCAAAAAGCAUCAUCCAUAUGACUCUGGAAUAGUUUAUUGCCUUUCACGGCAUGAAUGUGAUUCAACAGCUAGAAUUCUAAAGGAUGGUGGUCUUGCUGCACUUGCCUAUCAUGCUGGCCUCCAGGAUGCUGAAAGAGAUCUUGUACAAAAAAAAUGGAUUAAUCAGGAAGGCUGUCAGGUCAUAUGUGCAACAAUUGCUUUUGGCAUGGGAAUUGAUAAACCAGAUGUACGCUAUGUGAUCCACGCAUCUCUCCCUAAAUCAGUUGAAGGCUACUAUCAAGAAUCUGGCAGAGCUGGACGAGAUGGUGAAACUUCUCACUGUCUGCUUUUUUAUAGUUACAGUGACGUAACUAGGCUGAGAAGGCUAAUAUUAAUGGAAAGAGAUGGGAACAGUCAUACAAAACAGACCCACUUUAACAACCUUUACAGUAUGGUUCAUUACUGUGAGAAUGUAGUUGAAUGUCGAAGAAUUCAGCUUUUAGCCUAUUUUGGAGAAACCAGUUUUAAUCCUAACUUCUGUAAAGAACAUCCAGAAGCAACUUGUGACAACUGCUCUAGAAAAAAGGAUUAUAAAUCCAGAAAUGUGACGGAUGAUGUGAAAAGUAUUGUAAGAUUUGUUCAGGAGCACUGUGGACAGAGAGGAGGAAGAAGAAGUGCAGGAAACGGAGGUUCUGGGAGGUAUACAUUGAACAUGAUGACUGACAUUUUCUUGGGUGUGAAAAGUGCAAAGAUUCGGACUGGCAUAUUUGGGAAGGGAGCUGCCUACUCAAGACAUAAUGCUGAACGGCUCUUUAGGAAGCUGGUGCUGGACAAGAUCCUGGAUGAAGAUUUGUAUAUCACUGCGAAUGACCAAGCAGUAUCAUACGUAAUUGUAGGAGAGCGAGCACAGGCUGUACUAAAUGGGUAUCUAGAGGUGCAGUUUCAUGAAACAGAGUCUGCCAGCAGUCUCCGAAAGCAAAGGGCUUCAGUGACAAAAAUGUCACAACGGGAAGAAAUGGUUAAGAAAUGCCUUGUGGAGCUUACAGAUAUGUGCAAAACUCUUGGGAAAAUCUUUGAUGUCCAUUAUUUCAAUAUUUUUAACACUUCUACUCUCAAGAGAAUAGCAGAAACUUUGUCUUCUGACAUGGAGGUUUUGCUUCAGAUUGAUGGUGUUACAGAGGACAAACUGGAGAAGUAUGGCGCUGAAAUAAUUAAAGUCAUGCAGAAGUACUCUGAAUGGACACUGCCAGAAGAAGAUUAUGCAACUGCAGGCAAAGGGCCUGGGAGUGCAGGAAUGCUUGAGAGCGAUGAGGAGUCAGAAGAAACGGGCACAACUUCAAGCUAUUUUAACAACAGGACAAACAAAGGAAAGAGGAGGAAAAGGUUUCCACCCUUCAAACAAGCCAAGAAGAAAAAAACAAGCCAGGGUGGUGGUCAACAGUCUUAUUCAAAGGGGGGUUACAGCAAAUACAAAAAGACAUUCAACUCCAAAGCCUCAGCUGCACCUAGUUACAGCUCAUCAACAUAUGGGAUGACAGCAGCGCCAGGACUCAGUAGGAAACUGGGGAUUAUGGCACCACCGAAGCCUCAAAAUAGACAGUUCCUUAAACCUUCAUAUUCAUUAUUAUAACUGCUAGAAUGAAACUGUAUAUAACUACCUCUCUGUGUGUUCAGCCUGUCUUGUACUAACUGUUAUCUGGUUUUGAAACUAUUUAAUGUCUGCAUAUAUCUGUACAUUUUGUUUUCCAAAUCCAAAAGGUAAUGUUUAAAUAAAUGUUUUUAAUGACCUACAUUCAUUCA